UACCCACUCACAUACCCACUCACUCACCCACCCACAAGACAACUUUAACCCAUUGAGAGUCAGCUGCGUUCAAUGUGACGUAAGCACUCGUGACCAGCGACCUUGGCGACAAGGGGUAUGGAGGGAGGGGCCCCACCCUCGAGGUAGAGGAUGAAUCACAUCUCUCACGCGUUCUUUAAUGUUACUCAACAGGUAUGCAGACACGUGACUUUUCCAGUUCAUCACCUGACUUUGAGAAACUUGCGAAAUCUGCCACGCGGAGAGACAGAGAGAGAGAGAGUCGACGUGCUCAGCCGCUUGCUUUUCCACUCUCAGCAAUUGACUCAACGGUAGCACAGGAACCCACAGAGUCACACAACGAGCCGUACACUCACAUAGAGACCCGUAGACACAUCACAAAUACACCCAGAGACUCAGAGACCCAUAGACUCAUCACAGAGACCUAUUGACACCUCCUCAUCCUGCCGUGGUCAGCAGAGCCGGUUUCUUCUGUGAGAUCUCGCCAUGGCAUUCGCGAGGCUGUACCAAUCAAGGCUGAACCUUGGCCAAACCUUGCAGACCCUAGCUCUACUCUUGUCUUGCGCGGUGCUCUGCAAGGAGGGAGCUGCCGCUCGGCUUGCUGUGGAGGCCCCGCCGGGUGUGGUGGUGGUGCAGACGGGGGCUACGGCCACGCUCGGCUGCUCCUUCCCCUGCGGCACCGUUGGGGUGCAGAGCACAGUGGUGGAGUGGGAGAUGGUUGGGAGAGGGGAUAAGAUCCUCAUGAUGGACGGUGUCCCGCGGCCCAUGAUCCCGCGAGCUGCAUGGAUAGGAGACUUCUUGACCUGCAACGCCUCCAUCUCCUUGUCUGAUGUGCGCGAGUCCGACUCCGGGACCUACUGCUGCAGCGUCCUGCUACUCAACAUGUACUAUGAAGGAGAGGCCUACGUGACCCUCAGGGUCCUGAGUCCAUCUUCCGUGACUCCUAAGGUGGACAGCCCUAUGGCCUCGCCUAUAGCCUCCGAGAGGAUCGGAGUCAUUGCUGCCAUCAUGCUGAUCGUGGCGAUUGCCAUUCUCCUGGCGAUCUGCGUCGCUAUUAAAAAAUGGUGCAGGAGGCCAUCGAGAUCGAAGAGAGUGGAGGCAGAUGAAGAGAAGCAAAUGAAUAAAGAGAAGGAACAUCUCAAUCCCUCCAUCGAGACAGCAGAAUGACGAAGGGAAGAGCUUCUUUCAUAAAUGCCACCAAGAAGAAUGCUGGCUACCAUGAUCUACAGAGCUGGGAAUCAGUUCCUCGACAGAUCUCAUUUCUCUUUCUGUCUCUCUUUGCAUGCAGAUCUGUGGUGGCAGUGAGAUGUUAUCUCCCUCGCAUGGUAUGCAGGAUGUCGUGGGUUCACUCCCGAUCCGGACGAUGCCUGUUGUAUAUUUGGAGUCCGCAUGUUCUCUCUCUUUCUCCCCAUGGUUGUUGCAUGGAUUUUUUUCCGGGCCUUCCGUUUUUUACGUCGGACUGAACUUCUUUUGAACAAUACGUAGCCUACCGUGCUAAUUGGAGGUGAAUCAACAUGAGAACCACCAUGAGUUUAGAGUAUUUAGUGUGCCUUACCUGGUAUAUAAAAUAGUUAUUUUUUUAUAUUUUACGUGGCUAAGGUGCCAUGCAACUCUUGCCAGCCGACAGACAACAAACUAUUCCGCAAUUACAUUUAAAAAAUGUAACUUAAUAGCAGUAAUUAUUUUGUAAAAUUACAGUCACAUUUCAAAGUCAGUGAUGGUAAUCAUAGGGUGAUUUGAAAUGCAGACAGAGAGCCAGAAGGGAGAUGCCAAGAGACGAGACUAGGUGGUUCCAAACACUUUGGGGCAGCUACAUUAAAUGCUUUUGAUAGAAAAUUGCGUCAAAUCUGGGGAACUGUUAACAGAUGAUCAGACACGCUUAACGGUUCUUUCAGGAUUUCCCAACAGAAAAAAGCAUGUCAGACAAAUAGCCAGAGAUCUCCUGAAUAUCAAACAUAUUUAUUAUUUCGUCUUUAAUAAUCGUAUUUAUUUAUUUAUUUAUGACAAUGACAUCCGUACGUUUAAUUUAUUUCUCACCACACGUAGCCAGCCAUGCUUAAAGACUGGUGACAUGGGGCCUGGAAUACAAUUCAGACCACCUUGCAUCUCUGUGUAAACCAUGUGCUUAUUCUCGUUAUACAUGGUGCAAACAUUCGCACGAAUGUGUUUGGGAGGGCAUGAUAACCGCAUUAGAAACCGCUUGGGUAGUGUUGGUUCAUGAUUAGCUCAGGAUUGAUGGGCCGUACUUUAGGCCCCAAAGACAAAGAUCCCCCGUAUAGCCUUUACAGACGGUAUGGGCAAGUGCUAUUAUUAGCACCUAUGAAGGUCGGCACUGCACACGAGGGGGCGGCCAGCACCACCACUUGAGACCUAAGUCGACCUAGAGGGCACGCCCAGAACUGAUUCAGAUAAUCGGCACUGGUGUUGACCGUCAGUGGAAAUCCAACUCGGAUCUCUGCUGGGGUUUGUAGUGCAGCGCACUAACCACUGCGCCAACGCUUUCCCCACAUUUUUGGCACCACCGUUCGUCAGUGGGUCCCGUUCACCGCUAAAUAUCGGAACGCAGGCUGCAUUUCAGCUUCAAUGUUAUUGAGAGAGGCGUCGUAGCGCCGUCGUUUUUGAAGACGUUGUUACUCACCGCAGAGAACCGCGCUCUACGAUAGCUGGCACCAAACUGUGCCACACAUCUGCCCGCAUGACCUUGUGGGAGGAUCGGUACUGGUUUUUUUUAAGUUUAACAUUAAAUCUAUAGCCAUUCUUAAUUAUAGAAUAACACUUGUUUUACUUUCUAUAACAUAUGGAAGAGCCUGGUGAACUUAAAACAAUAUGUUAAGUUAUAUCAAAUUCACAACACGAGGUGACCUUUGCUGGGUUUCGAGACGGAAUGGAGGCCUUUUACAGUAAUACCCCUGUUUGUGUCGGUGAUGCGUUCCUGGAAUGUGCAACAGAUAUGGAAAUGACAUAAAUCAAAGCGAUUUACAUGGUAGGUGGAGGGGAAGGCUGAGAGGCGAUGCAAAUCAGGUAGCUGUAUGAAAAAUAAAGUGGCGAUGUAUUUGACAAAGAGUUAACAGUGGGUAUUUAAGUCGGGGUAUUACUCUACCUACAGAGCGAAAUCGUGACACCAGCGUGUUCACGUUGCACGUUUGAUGUACAUUUAUACUUGCUGACAAAAAAGGUUGAUUCUAUGGUGUAAUGGUUAAUCUGAUCUCCAAAACAGCUGCUUCUCCUGUGAGUCGGUUAAACUAGAAAUUGAUCAUUUAUCCACUUUUUCUGAGAGAUUAUUGCAGUGCUUUGUUACUAUACUCGAGGUUCUGAUGAAGAACUUGGGCCAAUUACUGCUGGUCCAGAAUGUGACCGCCAAAAUGCUCACGCAAACCUCAUCCCUUGAGCACAUUGCCACCCCUAUAAUAAAAUACUGUAUCUGCAUUGGCCUCCAAUUAAAUUUCAGAUACAAAUUAAAUUAGUUCUGCCUACAUACAAGUGUCUUAAACAGCCUUUCACAUUAUUGAUUUGAAGCUUUCGUGACUGCAGGAAUCCACACUCUUUGGUUCUUUCGGUAAAGUCACGUAGGUAUAAAAUAAAAUAAAUCACGACGUUUCGGGCACAACACAAGCAUCCGUCAUCAGGUGGGAAAGCAUGGUAUGCUGCUGAGACAGACUGUUUUAAAAGGUUUGAAAUGAGUGUUGCCCAAGGGUCAUAAAGAAGUGGCCGGGGCUAGUGAUGUUAAUGUGAGAAAUUAACAUGUAACUGUAAGAUAGGAGAGCCUUGCACAUUUUUUUUUACAUUCAACAACUGAUACACCUGCACGUACCGUCACGACCUCUCCGAUCCGCUGAUGUAUCAUCUGCACCUGGGGUGACCGAGCCUUUGCAUGCGCUGUGCCAAGACCACGGAAUGCCCUCCCACAGCAGUGGUUAGAGAGGCGAGCCCACUUGCCCGUUUGCGUCUUCUCUGAAAACUCACCUGUUUUGAUUGGUCUACACUUCCCAUGUUAUGACAAGUGGACUACGGACUUUGUAGUAUUUAUGUCACGACUUCGUUCAUGGAUGAAUUGUGCCUUAUAAAUGUAAAUUAUUAUUAUUGAUAACUGCAGGGUGCAUAUUGUAAAAUGUGGGCUGCCAUUAUUGAUGCCUAUUUACAUCGUAGAGCCAGUCUUGCUCUAUAAUAUGUUAUUGUUAUUUUAAAUUGUAUAAUUGAUAUGAUAUAUGCGUAAUGAUCAGUUUUGAACAGAUGAAAAGUUUAUUUAUAAUUGCCCUGUGAGCUAAGAAGCUCUUGAAUCGGGUUUCAUCAACAAUGUAGGUGUUAACUAUGAUGGGAGCAGUAUUUUAAAUCAUAGUACCGGUAUAGUGUUGCAUAUUAUAGUUAGUAUGAGCAUAGUAAUAUGAAUAGUGGUUAGGAAAACCGUACUAUAGGCUGUCUCCAGUUUUCGACAGUCUGACAGUCUAUGAUGUUUAUAUGAUGCAUGGAUCAAUUUAGCUGGAUUUACGACGCAUCUUCCGAAACGACUCCGAACGCAUUUGAACAGAGUCUGCUUCCCGACGUGACUUUGGAAGAAAAAAAGUACAUGGGCAAGUGAUGAUUCUACUGUCUAUGGGAACAUCGUGUCCGAAUAACAACGACCCGAAAUACGACCACGGGGUUUAUAUGAACGCAUUGCAGAGUCAGAAAAGUGGGGACCACCUGUAUUAUAAAUGGUAAUUAGGAUGAAUAUCACAUACACACAUUCCAGUAUGCGGAAUAUAUUUGUUAAUGUUAACACGUACGUUUUCAUGAAUGCAAAGCCACGUGUAGUAGCACUGGAGAUCCGUUGGUGUACCGAUUAAAUAAAGAGGUGCCGUGUUUUGAA